AUCUUCAUCAUCAAAAGGAGGAAGAUCACAGUGAAGAAAGAAGAAAGAAGAAUGAAGAAGAACAUGAUGGCUCUUUCCAUUGGAAUAAUUGGUGCAACCUUAACUCUAUUUGCUUACUCACAAACCUUAUUAUCACCAAGUCAAAGCAUAACACUUGGUCUUAUUGUCCUUAUGUUGGGUUUGCUUGUAGGAGAAGGUCUCAUAUCUUUCUAAUUCUUUCUUUCUCUUCUUUUUCUCUUUGAGAUAAAACAUGGAUUAAGUGUUCUUUUAAUUGUUCUCUAAUUAGAAAUAAAAUCUUAUCAAUAUAUAGUGUAUUUCUUUUU